AUGCCGUCGCUGGUCACCGUCAACAACAACGUUUCCCUGCUGAGCAUCACCAUCGCUCCAAGCACAUACGUCGCCACCCUAACCUUGUCCUUCGUCUUCAUCUACAUCUACCUCGUCCAGAUCUCCUGGAAGCCAACCCUCCUCCCAAACUUUAGCUACUUCAAGCGCACAAGUCGCGCGACCAAGACCACAAUCGCAGACCACCACCGCUUCGAGGAGCUCCCGCCUCCUCGCACUUACAAGGCACUUCCCGCACCACCCGCCGUAGCAUCCGGCGCCCUCGUCCGCCGCAGCCCACGCCGCCAACAUGAUGGCGCAUAUGCCGACACCGCCCCCGAGCUUCGAACAUCUGGAUCCUUUAGACGCCUCUUUGGGCGAUUUCGAGCCGACGACCCCGCCCCCGAACCAACAGACCAAAAUGCCCUUAGCGACCUGGGCCCGGACCCAGAAAACUCAGUCUCCGCCGGUGGCUACAGUCCUCCGGCCUGGCGCCGCCUCGGGAACGGAAGCCGCGACAGCGGCUUCUGGAGGCGGAGUGAAGACAUUCUCGGAGCCUUCCCCCCGCCCGACAGACGCUUGUUCGGCCACAGGUCCAGGGAGUCCAGCCCGGAGCUUGAUACCGAAGACGAGGAUGAGGAUGUCCUGCGCCGCGCAAUGCGCACGAGGCUGCCGACGGGUAGCAUGAGCCCCGACAAAGGUCGUUCGCCCAGUCCUGAGCCUAGGAUCGACGAUAGAACGAUCAAGCUGAAUGAGCUCCAAUGGAAGGAGACAAGUCCGUCAGAAGGUACCUUGAAUCAAGAGAAUUAUAUCCGAUUCGCAUUGCGCGCGGAAGUCCAGCAGCGCACAGAACCCAUUGAGGCAUUCGUCCAAUUCUUCCGCUCCAAAUGGCAGUUCUUGACCCACUCGUGGUCAUCCACGAUCCUCUCAACUAUUGUCGCGGUGCUUGCCAUUAGCGCCAUGCGCAACCUCUUCCAGCCCGCGGCCCAACUGCCUGUGCCAGAUCUUGUGAAGGUAGCCGGCAUCGCGCGCUCGUUCGAACCACUCAUCUACUUUUCAGAAAACGGCGCAUCACAGGUCGGCGAUCUGCAAGCUACCGGCGUUGCUGUCUGGGAUCUCGGUGAGAGCGUGCGGUCGAGCAACAUGACGUCUGCGCCCAUCAUCGUCAAGGAGCUUGACGACCUCAGUGACAGCCUGAAGACCCUAGCUAUCGAGCUUACAAAGUUCUUCGCCAACGUCGACGGCGACAUUGACGGUAUUCUCAUCGUCAUGGAUUGGGCGCGUAGGGAGCUCUCCCACGUCCAGCAUCUCCCGUCAUCACCCUUCACCGCCGCCUUUGAUAACAUCCAUAACAUACUGUCACAAACCGGCGUCCUCGAAGAUCCUGGCGGUAUCCCGACCCGAUUGGGGUCGUUGUCUACUUACAUUUUUGGCAUGUCCAAUCCUCAGCGCACAAAGUUGACGCUCCAGCGCACUUUCAACGAGUUCCUCACCGUCCUCGAGGAUGCCAUCAACUCUGAGCUGCAGCAUUCUCUGGCCCUAUUCGCCCUCUUCGAGGCCAUUGACCACCAGUUCCUAAACCUCGCAAGGACGGUCGUCCGCGAGGCUUCGGCCCAGGAUGACCAGCACGCCGACCUACUAUCCUCACUCUGGACGCGCAUCUUGGGGCCGAAUUCGGCGGAAGUUGCCAAGUACGAGCGCAACAGGCUUCUGUUACAGAAUGUCAGGGAGAAGACUGUGCGAAACAAGAGCAUCCUAGUCGAGCACAACGGCAAGCUCAUGGCUCUCAAGGCCAACCUUGAGAACUUGAGGAGGAAACUCGUCAGCCCGCUCGUCCGGUCCGUCAACUCCAGCACCUUGACUCUGGAAGACCAGAUCAGGGGGCUGGAAGACGUUGGCGGCUACCUUGAGGGCGUGAGGACAAGGCAGAAGGGCAAGUUGAUGGAGAUGUUGUAUGGCAGCAUAGGAAACAACCGCAGGGCGAUUGACGAGCGGAAAUAUGACCGGACGGCGUAA